CAAACCUCCGUUUACCACAAUCCCCAAACCCUUAAAAUCAUCCGAAGGCCGGCUAGCUAGAGAUCCAAGAUCAAUCGUCGCACGAGCUAGCCCAUGGCCAGCGGCAGCGAGGCGGCCGGGGGGGCAAGCGAGGAGGCUGCAGGAGUGAGCUCGCCCAGACCGGAUCAGGAGGCAGCCGUGAGCUCGCUCAAACCCGAUCAGGCGGAGGCAUCAGCGGCAGCGCCGGGCCAGCCAGUCGUGGCUGGGGAAGAUGAACCAGCAGCGGAGGCACCGCCACCAUCUCCGGCUCCGGCGCCGGCUGCUGCUGCUGCUGUCGCCCGGCCGUACUACGAGUGCGUGUUCUGCAAGCGCGGGUUCACCACGGCGCAGGCUCUCGGCGGGCACAUGAACAUCCAUCGCCGUGACCGCGCCAAGCCGCCCAGCCUGAUCCGCGGCGACCCGACGUCGACGCCAACGUCCGUGUUCGUCCGGAACCUCGAGUGCUAUAGUCAGCAGUACCACCCCGGUUACGAGUACCCCCUUCCCCCUGUGCUCCCGGUAGCCACGCAGCCGGGCAGCAGCAGCAACUUGACCAUGUACUACCGCGGCAGCGCAGGGCCUGCGACGACCACUGGAUCAGCAGCAGUGGUAGCCGGGGAGGCGGCGGGCUCCAUGAACCCUAGCAGCAGUGGUACUGCUAGCCCCAGGGAGCUGAGCCUAUUCGGUGCGGCGGGGGCAGCGGCAGCUCCUCAUGAUCAUGACUUACACCUGGGCCUCGGGUCGUUCCACGGCCGAGCUGCUGCAGGCGGUGGUGAGCCGGAAGAGGCGUUGGCAGCAGAGCGGCAGGGAGGUGAGCCGGCGGAGAGGGAUCAGCUCGACUUGGAGCUCAGGCUCGGCCGUCGUCCCAGGCAUUGAUCGUCGCAUGGGAGGUGAAACUGCAAUCAAUAUAUAUGCAACUAGCUCAUGCACAUGCUUCCUGCAUAUAUGUAAUGCGGCCAUGCAUAUAUACGGUUUAUGGAAUAUCUGCAUGGUGCGUAAUUAACUUGUAAUCUUUGUUCUUGUUAGUGUUUCUGUCGUUCUUUAUUUCUUUAUGUGUGUAUCCUAUUGGAUUAAUGUUUUUGUGUAUA